CUUUUCAAAGCCUUCAAAGAAACGUUGAGCUUACUUCGGUCAUCCGCCAUUGAAGCUUCUUUUAGCACUCAUCUGUGCUAAGAACAAUUUAGAAGCUUCACUCACUCCUUGUACUAUUUUUUCCCCUACAAUUAGAUAUAGAUACCAUUGCUGCAUUUUACUCCUUGGGAUAUAUCCAAGUAGUUCCUUGUGUUCUUUUGAAUUUGAGAAAAUUUCCGGGUUGGGCUGAGUUUGGCAGAGGUGUUUUGGUUCCUGGUUGAAUUGCUUGAAGAGCGAAAAAUGGAGUCCAUGGAAUCGGGUCAAGCUAGGUCCGUUUUUUACGGAGCGACAGCUGGAGAUUUCCGAGCGGAGCUCCAACAAUUUGGCAACGACGGAUUCCACGCCGGUUUAAUGCCUGCAGUGGCGGAGGAGGCUGGAAGUUCGUUCACUGCACUGCUCGAGCUCCCGGCGGAGCAGGCGGUGGAACUUUUGGUUCACUCUUCGGAAACAGAAGCCUCACCUCCGGCGAACCUUCCUGAAAUUGAAUCGCGUAGAAAUUAUCGCCACGGCUUUCUACCGCCGCCUAUUUUCCCUUCAGACGCAGCUUUGAUUGACCGAGCCUCCAAAUUAUCUGUAUUCGCCGGGAACUCGCCGUCUAAUUCGUGCUCCAUGACUCAGUUCUUGAAGCAAGAGCCAGUAUAUGCUGAUCCAAACCCGAAAUCUUCAUCCCCGGACAUUUCCAAUCCAACUGUUUACCAGAAAUCCACUAAACGGGAGAGGGAGAAAAAGAUUAAAGAGCCUUGCAUGAAGAAGAGCAAGAAAGCAACUAAGAGUGCCACUGCAGAGGAAGGUGGCGAGAAGCUUCCCUAUGUUCAUGUCCGAGCUCGCCGCGGCCAAGCCACCGAUAGCCAUAGCUUAGCUGAGAGAGCAAGGAGGGAGAAGAUUAGUGCAAGAAUGAAGCUUUUACAGGAGCUGGUCCCAGGAUGCAACAAGAUUUCGGGUACGGCAAUGGUGUUGGAUGAAAUCAUUAAUCAUGUCCAGUUCCUACAACGCCAAGUUGAGUUCUUAUCAAUGAGACUUGCCGCUGUCAACCCAAGAAUCAAUUUUAAUCUUGAUGCUCUCUUCGCCGUCGAAAGUGACUCCCAAACUUUGGAAAAUAACAUCACUGGGACUAUGAUAAUGCCGCCCUCAAUGUGGGUUGAAGAACAAGAAGAAGAAGAAGGGCAAGGUAAUAAAAACUGUCAGCAGCAGCUGUGGCACCAGCAUUGUGAUGAAUUUCAUCAAUCCAUGUGGACUAGGGAAGAUAAUUGUAGCUUCAUUCCACCUGAGACCUCACCAUUAAGUUACAAUGAACCCACCGCUAAUUCUGGUGAGUUUCCUAUGCUAGAAAAUCCACUAAAAAUGGAGUUAUGAGAGCAAAAGCAAAGCUUUUUGCAGUACCUAGCUAGGCAGGCGUGUACAUAUAUGAAAAUACUCAUAGCGGUAGAUAGCGGCUGGGUUUCUGCGUUUCCUAGUUAAACAGAGAGCUGAACACUGGCGGUAAUAUCGGCGGCAGAGCGGUGGAGCUUAAGUUUAUGAUCUCUGUUGCACUAAACUUUGAAUGAAGUAUACUAACGUACUUAGAAGAGCGGAACAGCCACUGUACCUGUGUUAUAUUUUGCUUGUUUUGUAUGGUUCAUUCACAAACAAAACUGAGACUAUCAU